CGCUCUGCGUCAAAUGCCUUUGAAAACUGCCAUGAAAUUUGACAUCAAACCAGAGUUGCAGAAGUGUUCUCGAGUUAAUUUCAGAGAAUUUCAGGUGGCUCAAACUAUGAUCUUCACCAUUGAAGAAAUAAACAACAGAACUGACCUCCUCCCCGGUGUAUCUCUUGGAUAUAAGAUAUACGAUUCCUGCAUCUCCACAAUAUUCUCUAUAAGAGCGGCUAUGGCUUUGCUGAACGGUUAUGAGGAAACACUGUCUGACACAUCAUGCUCCACACCGGCAGUAGUGCAGGCCAUUAUUGGGGAGUCUGUGUCAACUAACUCGAUGGCAAUUGCAGCAACUGUUGGAUUAUUUCGGAUUCCAGUGAUCAGUCACUUUUCAACAUGUGCAUGUCUGAGCAACAGGCAACAGUUUCCCUCAUUCUUCAGAACCAUUCCCAGUGACUAUUACCAGAGCAGAGCACUGGCUCAGCUGGUGAAGCACUUUGGCUGGACCUGGAUAGGAGCAGUGAGAAGUGAUAAUGAAUAUGGCAACAAUGGGAUGGCCACAUUUAUAGAAGCUGCUCAAGAGGAAGGGAUCUGCAUUGAGUAUUCUGAGAAAUUUCAUAUAACAGAAACAGAGAAACUACUGAAGGUUGUAGAUGUUAUCAAAAGAGGUACUGCAAAGGUAAUUGUUGCAUUUUUUUCUCAGGUUGAGAUGAAGAGUUUACUAGAACAGCUGAACCAGCAGAACAUUACUGGUUUACAAAUGGUAGGCAGUGAGGCCUGGAUAACAGCAAGUAUUCUCAUGAAUCCUACAAGUUAUAGAAUACUGGGGGGGUCGAUUGGUGUUGCUAUCACCAAAGGCAAAAUAAAUGGCUUAAAAGAAUUUGUAUUAAAGCUUCAUCCCUCACAACAUCCAGGAAACCUUGCUGUUGUAGACUUUUGGGAAAAUGCUUUUCAAUGUUCACUAAUGAAUGAAAACAAGCUUUCUCACAUUACCCCCUGCACUGGAUCUGAGAGUUUGAGUGAACUAGAAAACGAAUACACUGAUGUAUCAGAGCUGAGAAUUUCCAACAAUGUUUACAAAGCAGCAUAUGCUAUUGCUCAUUCUCUGCAUGACCUGCUGGCAUGUGCACCCCAUCAAGGCUGCACAAAUAGGGUGAAAACAGAGCCCUGGCAGGUGCUUGAGGCUCUCAAAAAAGUCAAUUUUACUUUGGGAACUGGAGAGAAAGUCUCUUUUGACAGUAAUGGAGAUCCGGUAGCCAGAUAUGAGGUGGUGAACUGGCAGGUUGGUCCUGAUGGUGCAGUACAGUUCAGAGUGGUUGGCUACUAUGAUGCUUCUUUACCAUCUGGUCUGCAGUUUGUGAUGAGUCCUGCUAGUAUAGUUUGGGCAGGUGGGCAAAAACAACUCCACUCUCAUGAACAUGUUGCACAGAAACCCACAUCAGUAUGCAGUGAGAGCUGCCCCCCAGGCACCCGGAAGGCUGUGCAGAGAGGAAGGCCUGUCUGCUGCUAUGACUGUGUGCCCUGCGCUGAAGGAGAAAUCAGCAAUGUUACAGAUUCUAAUGACUGCAUUCAGUGCCCAGACGAAUACUGGCCUAAUGCUAAAAGAGAUCAAUGUGUUUUAAAGGCUGUUGAAUUUUUGUCCUUUCAAGAAAUUAUGGGAAUCAUACUCGUCAUUUUUUCACUACUUGGAACAUCUUUAACUGUACUUGUGGCUGUGUUGUUCUUCAUUCAAAAGGACACACCCAUUGUAAAAGCCAACAACUCAGAGCUGAGCUUCCUGCUGCUCUUUUCAUUGAAACUGUGUUUCCUUUGCUCUCUUACCUUCAUCGGUCGGCCCUCUGAGUGGUCCUGUAUGCUGCGCCACACUGCGUUUGGGAUCACCUUUGUCCUCUGCAUCUCUUGUGUUCUGGGGAAAACAAUAGUGGUGUUAAUGGCCUUUAGGGCUACACUUCCAGGCAGUAAUGUCAUGAAGUGGUUUGGGCCUCUGCAGCAGAGACUGAGUGUUCUUGCUUUCACUCUCAUACAGGUCCUUAUUUGUGUGCUUUGGUUAACAAUAUCCCCUCCUUUCCCCAACAAGAACAUGAAGCACUACAAAGAAAAGAUAAUUCUAGAAUGUGAUGUAGGAUCAGCAGUGGGGUUCUGGGCUGUACUGGGUUAUAUUGGGCUCCUCUCUCUACUGUGCUUUAUUUUAGCUUUUCUGGCUCGUAAGUUGCCUGACAACUUCAAUGAAGCCAAAUUCAUCACGUUCAGCAUGCUCAUAUUCUGUGCAGUCUGGAUCACCUUUAUACCAGCUUAUGUCAGCUCACCUGGAAAGUUCACUGUAGCCGUGGAAAUAUUUGCUAUUUUAGCUUCCAGUUUUGGUUUGUUGUUCUGUAUUUUUAUUCCAAAAUGUUAUAUAAUGUUGUUCAGACCUGAGCAAAACACAAGGAAACACUUAAUGGGUAAAACACAUGCUAAAUCCAGUGCUGGAUCUGAGAUGUGCAGUGGGAUGGCACUGCAGACCAUUCUGCUGACACAGACAGUCCUCUGGGCUGCAGCACAGACCCCACCAUGCAGAAUACUAGGGAGAGCAGCCAAGCCCAGCUUCUAUCAACAUGGAGACAUCAACAUCGGCGGGGUCUUCUCCUUGCACAGCCAACCCAGGGAAACAAGCAUGGAAUUCACAGGAGCACCAGAGCCCGUUGACUGUGUACGAGUUAAUUUCAGAGAAUAUCGACUGGCCCAGACCAUGAUCUUCACCACUGAAGAAAUAAAUAACAGAACUGACCUCCUCCCAGGUGUAUCUCUUGGAUAUAAGAUAUAUGACACCUGUGCUUCUUCAACAAUCUCUAUACGGUCAGCGAUGGCUCUAAUGAAUGGUUAUGAGGAAAUACUGACAGACACAUCAUGCUCCACACCAGCAGCAGUGCAGGCCAUCAUUGGAGAAUCUGGAUCUACUAACACAAUUGCAAUUGCUGCAACAGUUGGAUUACUUAAAAUUCCAGUGAUCAGCCACUUUGCUACAUGUGCAUGUCUGAGCAACAGAAAAGAAUUCCCCACAUUCUUCAGAACCAUUCCCAGUGACUAUUACCAGAGCAGAGCACUGGCUCAGCUGGUGAAGCAGUUUGGCUGGACCUGGAUAGGAGCAGUGAGAAGUGACAGUGACUAUGGCAACAAUGGGAUGGCCACAUUUAUUGAAGCUGCUCAACAAGAAGGGAUCUGUAUUGAGUAUUCUGAGAAAUUUCACAGAACAGAACCAGAAAAAUUACUGAAGGUUGUAGAUGUUAUCAAAAGAGGUACUGCAAAGGUUAUUGUAGCAUUUCUUGCUCAGGGGGAGAUGAACCACUUACUGGAGCAGCUGACGCUUCAGAAUAUCAUAGGUCUCCAAAUGGUAGGCAGUGAGGCCUGGAUAACGGCAAGCAAUCUAGUGACACCAACAAGUUUCAGAAUACUGGGAGGGUCUAUUGGCUUUGCUGUCCCCAAAGCCAAAAUAAAUGGCUUGAGAGAGUUUGUGCUGAAACUUCACCCCUCCCAAAACCCAAACAACAGUGAUAUUGUAGACUUUUGGGAAACUGCUUUUCAAUGUUCUCUGACCAAUGGAGUAAAUUUACCCCCCUGUUCUGGAUCCGAGAGCUUAAUUGAACUGAAAAACCAAUACACUGAUGUAUCAGAGCUGAGAAUCUCCAACAAUGUUUAUAAAGCAGUAUACGCUGUUGCUCAUUCUCUACAUGACCUGCUGGCAUGUACACCCCAUCAAGGCUGCACAAACCAUGUGAAAACAGAGCCCUGGCAGGUCCUUACGACUCUGAAAAAUGUAAAUUUCACUCUGGAAACUGGAGAGAAAGUCUAUUUUGACAGUAAUGGAGACCCAGUAGCCAGAUAUGAGGUGGUGAACUGGCAGCUUGGCCCUGAUGGUGCAGUAGAGUUCAGAGUGGUCGGCGACUAUGAUGCUUCUUUACCACCUGGUCAGCAGUUUGUGAUGAGUCCUGUUAGUAUGGUAUGGGCAGGUGGGCAAAAACAGAAACCCAGGUCAGUGUGCAGUGAGAGCUGUCCCCCAGGCACAAGGAAGGUCGUGCAGAGAGGAAGGCCUGUCUGCUGCUAUGACUGUGUGCCCUGCGCUGAGGGAGAAAUAAGCAAUAUUACAGAUUCUAAUGACUGCACUCAGUGUCCAGAAGCAUUCUGGUCCAAUUCCAAAAGAGAUCAGUGUGUUUUAAAGGCAGUUGAAUUUUUGUCUUUUCAUGAAAUCAUGGGAAUCAUACUCGUCAUUUUUUCACUCCUUGGAGUGUGUGUAACUGUACUUGUGGCUGUGCUGUUCUUUAUAAAGAAGGACACCCCCAUUGUGAAAGCCAACAACUCAGAGCUGAGUUUCCUGCUGCUCUUUUCAUUGAAACUGUGUUUCCUUUGCUCUCUUACCUUCAUCGGCCGGCCCUUUGAUUGGUCCUGUAUGCUGCGCCACACUGCGUUUGGGAUCACCUUUGUCCUCUGCAUCUCUUGUGUUCUGGGGAAAACAAUAGUGGUGUUAAUGGCAUUCAGGGCUACACUUCCAGGCAGUAAUGUGAUGAAGUGGUUUGGGCCUCCCCAGCAGAGAAUGAGUGUUCUUGCUUUCACUCUCAUACAGGUUCUUAUUUGUGUGCUUUGGUUAACAAUAUCCCCUCCAUUCCCCAACAAGAACAUGAAGCACUACAAAGAAAAGAUCAUUCUAGAAUGUGAUGUAGGAUCAGCACUGGGGUUCUGGGCUGUGCUGGGUUAUAUUGGACUCCUCUCUAUAUUGUGCUUUGUUUUAGCUUUUCUGGCUCGUAAGCUGCCUGACAACUUCAACGAAGCCAAAUUCAUCACAUUCAGCAUGCUUAUAUUCUGUGCAGUCUGGAUCACCUUUAUACCAGCGUAUGUCAGCUCACCUGGAAAGUUCACUGUAGCUGUGGAAAUCUUUGCAAUUUUAGCUUCCAGCUUUGGUUUGCUUUUCUGUAUUUUUGCACCUAAGUGUUACAUCAUUCUUUUAAAACCUGAAUUAAACUCAAGAAGACAUGUGAUGGGCAAGAUGCUCUCAAAAUCUCUUUAGAUUAAUAAAUCAAAUGGUUGGAAAUAAUAAUAAUUUGUAGUAAAUGCUGGGUUAAAACAGUAAGAUAUGCUGUAAGUACAUACUGAUAUACCAGUCGACAUUAGAACAAAUGUUGGACAUAUGUUGAACAAACAAAUAAAUUAAUAAAUUCUCUUCCAAGUGAGAGAUGAUUCUUAUUUUACUUAAGUCACACUAAGUACCACAGAAAUUAUGUGAAACUCCAUAGGUUAUACAGAAAGAAAU